UGCGCGAGUUGUCGCGGCGCGCUCAGACGGCACGCAAACGUCGCGCCCGCCGCACGUCCGCAAACGCCACGAAACGCGUGUGUGCUCGCUCGCAAAUCGAACUAGUACACAAUUCGGGUAUUCACAAAAUUAAUUCCAACUUCAAUAUUCACUAAAUAAAAAUUACAUCAUUAAUAAAACUUAAAAAAUAUUAUUAAAUAUUUAAAAGUUGAAUAAAAGUGAUUUUGAAAGUUUUGUUAAUAAAUUAAACUUUAAACUGUGAAUAGUGUGGACACGAGGGUUGCAUAAAUGUGUUGUGCGCUGCACGUGCUUCCCCACAUGCGAGAUAUUAUAUUUUACGGACAUUGUUUGGUUGAUAUCGAUUGCAAACUGUUUUAAAGUGAAGAAAUGAUUUGAAUCACACACUUUGAUUUGCCACUUGAAAGAUUAAGUUGAGGGGUGUGCUUGACUGAAGUUGCGCGAAGAAAAACGUGGCGAGUGAGGAAAAAGUGCAGCUAACUUUUAUCGACCACCUGUUUCGUGCGGCGUGAAGGCGCACGGAAAGAAAGGCUCCUUUGAGACGCUCGGCGCCGCGACGCACGCUGCACACGCCGUGCCAUUUUCCGCCACGACGGCUUCGACCGCAGACUUUACGCAUAUCAACAAUAACGCAUCCGACGAAUCAGGAUGCGAGGCUGACAUGGCCGAGGGUGGCACCGAGGAGGAGAGCGGCGAGAUGCUUGGACCAGCGGCGGUGCCGCAUCAGUCACCUUCGGCGUUGAACGUCGUCAUCAAAGCAGAGGAAAGUGAUCGUGAGAGUAGUUGCGGGUCGCCGGAACCGGCGACGACGAUGGGCGUCGAUGCAGGGAUAGACUUACACACGCACCACGCGCAGGACCUGCAGACGGCCACGUCAAUGACGACGUCGUCCACGGUGCACAAGCUGCUCAACGCCGCCGGCGGCGGUUGCGGUCGCCCCGACGACGUGGAUAUCAAACCUGCCGCCGCUGCUCAUCUCAACGGGGCGAUGGCUGGUUUAGGUCUUCUACAAAACUUGCAAAGUCUAGCAUCGCUACAAAGUCUCCCACAGGUGGCGUCACUAGCCGCUGGUCUACAGAGUAUGGCAAAUUCAGCGGCAGCCGCCGCCGCCGCAACUCAACAACUCCACGCGCCUUUAAAUUUAAGCGUCGGAGCUUCCUCAAACGUAGCGCAAAGGAAUGCGGAAAACAACGCAGCGGCCGCGCUGCAGUCACAGCUCCAAACCUCGCUGGCGGCGGCCGCAACCGCCCCACAACAACCUGCACCCAUGCCGCAAUUCAUACUGGCCUCCGGUCAGCUGGUGCAAGGCAUUCAAGGUGCACAAUUACUUAUACCCACUUCACAGGGUCUUGCAACGCAGACAAUCUUAACAAUUCCAGUCAACCACGUGAAUAGCACCGAUCAAAUGGUGAAUCUAGCGUUGAACAACGGGCAAGUCGUGCAGACAUCUUUGGCUAACCUUCAGGCGAUGGCCCAAGGUCAAAAUAAUAUGCCCGCGGCAAAUAGUAUACCAACAUUACCAACACCAACACCGACAACAAAUGGUAACCACGUUCCAUCAAACAUGUCACCAUUGUUUAACUCGACGAAUCUAUCACAUUUAUUAUCAAAUGGAACAACAACAGCCGCCCAACAACUCCUUCAAACUCUCCCUCAAUUAUUAUCCAAUGCGCAUGCGGCUGCCGCUGCAGCAAACAACCUUUCACUUCCUACUUUACCGCUAACACCACCCGGACCUGCUCCUGGUCUACUAACACACGCCUCCCCACCACUUUCAACGUCACACCGUCGUGAAGCGCCCCCUACACACCGAGAAAUCUCCCGAGAGUUGACAAUUGCCAAUCAUUACCCCGAGAGUAAGCUACAUCAGUCGACAUCGCUCAGUCGCAACUCUUCACCGCCGAAUCACAUGUCCAGCACGUUAAACCGUCUGAGUGCUAGUAAUGGCGAGCUUACGAUAACCACCACAUCGUUACCACCAUCAGUGGCGCCCUCUGCCACUGCGACUUCAGCAACAUCCACAGUGACAGCAUCGCAAGUGGCGCCGCUUUCCAACGCGACGAAUGCUAGUCACACUAGUCAUACUAGUCAGAAACGCUCGCCAUCUUUAUCGCCGCGAUGCGAUGACAGCUCCACGGCGGAUUUACUCAUCGACUCACCCAACCAACCUACAAUAAACCAAACAAGCAGUAACGUGGUGGAUGGAAUCAAUCUGGACGAGAUAAAAGACUUCGCCAAGGCGUUUAAACUGCGCCGAUUAUCACUGGGUUUAACGCAGACGCAAGUCGGGCAGGCGUUGAGCGUCACCGAAGGGCCCGCUUACAGUCAAAGCGCAAUUUGCAGUGCCCUGGCCUCUCAGAUGUUUGCCGCCGCGCAGCUUUCCUCCCAACAGCAGGCAAUGUUUGAGAAACUGGAUAUCACACCGAAAAGUGCGCAGAAAAUUAAACCGGUGCUGGAACGAUGGAUGAAAGAAGCUGAAGAUAGCAUUUAUUCCAGAUACAAAAGCGGUCAGAACCAUCUAACGGAUUUUAUUGGUAUCGAACCGUCGAAGAAACGUAAACGUCGGACGUCUUUUACUCCACAGGCGCUUGAAUUGCUAAAUGCACAUUUUGAAAGAAACACACAUCCAUCUGGUACUGAAAUUACUGGAUUAGCGCAUCAGUUAGGUUAUGAGCGUGAAGUGAUCCGAAUAUGGUUCUGCAAUAAGCGGCAGGCACUGAAAAACACCGUACGCAUGAUGUCCAAAGGCAUGGUUUAGUUGUAAGACUGAGAAUGCUGGCAACCAAGUAUACGUAAACGAUUUGUACAUUACUACAGUGUGGUUAACUGCAUUGUGCGUAAUUAAACUCUAGACAUAGCUAGUUUUCAUAACUAAAGUAUACCAUUAUUAGGCAACCAAUGUUACAGACAAAUUACAGGCAUCUGUAAUUUCCGACAAAUGAAAAUUAUUUUUGUGUUUAACAAUCGAACAAAAAAAGAAAUUGACUCUUUGGCCUUUUUGCACUGUUAAUUUUACCACGGAUGACCAAGCAAUCAAUUGGCGCAUCCGAUAAGAAUGUGAUAACGAAUUUUAAAAAUUAACAUUUGGCUUUAAAUGAAAAAUGAAAAUGAUAAACCAAAUCGACUAUUUCCAAACCUACACAAAUGUACAUAACAAAACUAAACUAAAACAAAACACUAUCGUUAGAGAGUAUUAUUAUAACCUAGUGGUGCCGACGAUUGAGGUUAUGUUUAGCUACGUAAGGAUCACGUGUACAAACUUGUAUAUUAUUUAUUAGGUUCUAAGUUGUACGCGCGAACGAAUGACUAAUCUUAAGGUAAAAGUAAUAUGUGUGCGUGCGUGUGUAGAAUUCAUUUCGUUUAUUAGUCUCGUUGAGAUGAUGAGUCUUUGAGCGUUGAGAGAAAAGCAGUAGGAGGACAAAUGAUAUCAAGUUGAUGAUGUAACUUCAACUGCUGAAAGUUUGUCCUCCGAAAGAAACCAAAGUUCCUAUUAGCUCGUAAGCUAUGCGUAUAAAUGAUAAAAACUUUUGCAAGUUUAAUUUGACUAAUUUGGCGUUUUUGUUAUCGAAUAGUGUAAAUAUCGAAAUAAUUCUAGUAUGAGUAAGUAACUAGUUGCCAAAACACGCAAGUAUUGUCUGACAGACUGUAAACGUACGGAAGAUGCGUCAAAUGAUUUUUGAGAAUGAAAUUACUCGAAGAUUUAACUUUAAACUGAGAAUGCGGUAAAAAAAAACACGUAAAUUAGGCAGUAUAAUGUGAAUGAUGACAAUUGUAAAUGUUCGUGAUGUAGAUGUAUACCGAAUAAAUUAUAAUUAAGCUGAUUAACUAAUAAAUAAAUAUCCAAACAGUAUAA